AUCAGCGCCCGCCCACAACUUAUCGGCUCUCUUUCAGUUUCUUCUAGCAGCCGGAUGAUUAAAAAUAUUCAUAUACUGAAUGCGGUUUAAUGUCAUGGUAAACGUGACAGGCGACUUCCAAGCGUGAAUGAACACGAAAGUAACCUGACGAGAAGAAAGAAAGAAGUAAUUUUCACCGAUUGGCUGAUCGGCGUCUUUUCUCAGCAGGGUUUUUUUUUCUUCAGCGUACGUGACGUCACUCGCAUCGGUCCGCUGUCACAGGGAAUAUGAAUAUGAGAAUAUGAACGCAUGAAUGUUAUUGUGUUUGUCCUUCACUCUUCUGAAAACACAAUGAGCUGAACGGAGCUUUACUGGAGACUCAGACCAUGAAUUACGUGGGUCAGUUGGCAGGGCAGGUGUUCGUGCAGGUGAAGGAACUCUACAGAGGUCUGAAUCCCGCCACGCUGUCCGGCUGCAUUGAUGUUAUCGUUGUCCGACAGCCGGAUGGAGCUCUAAUCUGCUCUCCAUUUCACGUACGCUUUGGAAAGAUGGGUGUCCUGAGAUCACGAGAGAAAGUGGUGGACAUUGAGAUCAAUGGGGAACCUGUGAAUUUGCACAUGAAGUUAGGCGAGAACGGAGAAGCAUUUUUUGUCAAGGAGACAGAAGACGAUCAGGAAGUGAUUCCAUCUUACCUGGCCACAUCUCCCAUUCCGUCCGACGGGGGUUUUCUGAUGGGCUCCUGCACUGAGAAUGGAAUGAUGAAGAAGAGGAGGAAGAGGAGAAGGAAGUGCAGAUUGGAGGAUGUGAAGAGGGAGGAGAGCAUGGAGUUCUCAGAGGAGGAACUGUUCAACAUCGACAUCAAUGACAGCGAGCAGCACGAUCAGAACAGAGACCUGCCGAAUGUAGGUUCAUCCACUGGAAACAAGCAAAACACAAUUUAUGCUCGCUCAGAUGGAGAGUGGAGUCCUGUUCACAGUCCUAAUGUGUCUCGUCCCUGCACUCCUAAGAGUGACUCUGAACUACUUUGUAAAGAUCAGCAGGAGGAUUCGGCCAUGUUGUGGUCCUGGGGGGAGUUACCACAAGCUGCCAAGCCAUCGUUUCUGUCAGCGAAACCAAACGUCCUGCCUGCGUGCCCACUGUCAAUCCCAGUCUCUGACAACACACAUUUCAGAGUCAUCCCUGAGACUGCCACCCAUAACCAUCACAGCAACAGGACAUUACAUGCUAAUGGCCAAUCAAACAGAGUGAAAGAGUUUGAAAAGCAGGAUGUGACACCAGCAGCUUGUGUGAUGUCUGAGGUUGAGGAGGGAGGAACAAAAACAGGACCCCUCCUACAGAAUAAGACUAAAAGAAAAGAUAAGAAAAGUCGCCAUCUGGGUUCUGAUGGAGUGUAUUUGGAUGAUAUAAAAGAUUUGGAGCCGGAGGUGGCGGCACUUUACUUCCCUAAAAGUGGUUCAGAGCGUUUCGGUGAGAACGGUGUCCGCAGUGUGACUGUGUCUCCUCAGUCUAUGUGCAGCUCAGGAGCAGACAGCGGAGUGGACAGUUACGACCUGCCCACUAUGGCCAUCUCUCUCUGUGGAGGACUCACAGAAAACAGAGAGAUCACUAAAGAGCAUUUCCAGCAGAAGUCUGUGUCUUUUCAGCAGUUUGCUGAUAAUCCGUCUAUCAUUGAUGACCCUAAUCUGGUGGUGAAGAUCGGCUCUAAGUAUUAUAACUGGAGCACUGCUGCUCCUAUUAUGCUGGCUACGCAAGCCUUCCAGAAACCAUUGCCUAAGGCCACCGUAGAGAGACUUAUGAAGGAGAAGAUGCCCAGAAACCGAGGAAGAUGGUGGUUUUCAUGGCGAGGAAGAACAAACAGCACCAAACCGGAUUCAGUCUCAUGCGGUUCAGCCUGUGCUGCAGGAGACGAGACCAUCAAGAACAGACGGACAGAAGAGUCUUCCUCCAGCGAUGAAGAUCACUUAUCUGCCAAGCAAACCCCCGUACCUGUUCACACAGACCCCGCCCCUGCUGGAGGGGGUGUGUCCUAUCAGAAAACUCUCCGCCUUUCUUCGGAACAACUAGUCAGUCUCCAGCUAAAGGACGGUCCUAAUGAUGUAUUGUUUAGCGUGACGACUCAGUAUCAGGGCACAUGCCGCUGUGAGGGAACCAUCUACCUGUGGAACUGGGAUGAUAAAAUCAUCAUCUCAGACAUUGAUGGCACAAUCACCAGGUCAGAUAAGUUGGGGCACAUUUUGCCCACACUGGGUAAAGACUGGACCCAUCAGGGCAUCGCACGUCUGUAUCAUAACGUCAGCCAGAACGGUUAUAAGUUUCUGUAUUGCUCAGCGAGGGCGAUCGGUAUGGCUGACAUGACACGGGGUUACCUGCACUGGGUCAACGAGAGAGGAACCAUGUUACCACAGGGACCCGUUUUACUGAGUCCCAGCAGCCUGUUUUCAGCACUGCACAGGGAGGUGAUUGAGAAGAGGCCGGAGAAGUUUAAGAUAGCGUGUUUGACAGAUAUUAAGAAUCUGUUCCUCCCAAACACAGAGCCCUUCUACGCAGCAUUCGGGAACAGAAACACCGAUGUGUUUUCCUAUAAGGAGGUGGGUGUUCCCUUAAACCGAAUCUUCACUGUCAAUCCUAAAGGAGAACUGAUCCAGGAACAUGCCAAGACCAACAUCUCAUCGUACGUGCGCCUGGGUGAGGUAGUGGAUCACGUUUUCCCGCUCCUGAAGCGCAGCAGUUCAUGUGAUUUCCCCUGCAGUGACACCUUCAGCCAGUUCACCUUCUGGAGAGAACAGCUCCCCCUUGUGGACGGACAGAUAGCAAGCACUAUCAACACCUCUCGCUGAACAGCUGCACGGAUCUACACACAACAUCACUUGUGGACGCUCACAUAAACUGCACAGAGUACAGAAAUACAAAACGGGCACAGUCUAAAAACCAAAACUGAACAUACUGAAAUCAGUGCAAACAUGAAAAUCACACAAAAUUCAUGUGUGGGUCUGGACCUCAGAAAAAAACUGCACUUUCUUUCAAAAAAGUCUUCACAUGUCAUUUGUGAUUUAUUGUAUAUUGUUAAAUUAAAUAUAUAUAUAUAUAUAUAUAUAUUUUUACCGUUUCAGUUUUGCUUGUGAUCACAAGCUUUGUGUUGAAAAGCAUCUGUUAAUAUAUGAAUGAAACUGAAUAAUGUUACAUUUCACACAAUUUGAAAUGCCCAGGUCAUAUUUCACCCCAAAAUCAUUAUUUUGCAAAAAUAACGUAAAAAUUAUAUAUAUAGUUAAUAGUCCAAAAACACAGUUGAUUUUCUUUAUGCAAAAUAUGACUCUGACAUUUCUUGGCAGUUUUUGUGAGACUUACUCCUAUUAUUUUAAGAGAAAUUAAAAACAAUGGAGGGUAUAUAGAAAAUGUUACAUUUCUUUAUUUUUGAAUGGACAUCAUUGAACUGUUACUUGGUACCUUGUUGUUGAUGUAUUAAGUAAUAUUUUAUCUGUCUGAUUAUUUAAUAGGUCAUCUGUGGUCAUAUCACAGCUGUAUUCUGAUAUUCCUGCCUUCAUGUUUUUAACCAGCACUUUAUGUGUUACUGAAGAAAAAUAUGCGGUCAUAAUUUCCUAUGAAUUACUAAUCAUAACUCUGACUGGGUUUCUUCCAUUUUAUUAUGGUUUCAUUGGGGUUUAAAGAUUUAGAUAUGUAGUAUAUGAGACAGACUCACUUUAAAAAUAUUCUAUAUCUGUAGCUUGAUGCUGUUGAUAUAACUUUUUUUUGCCUUUUAAUUGAAAAUUAUUUUCAGUUAUUAGUUCCAAAGAGAGAGUGUUUGGUGUUUUGUCUGAUUUUCUUUCAGUGAAAGAGCAGUAGAUUCACAGGUGAUUCUUCUUUGAAGGAAAAUCCAUCUGUUUUGAUCUUCAAUAAAACUACAGCAGGAAA